AUGGUCUCGAGAAGGAAGAUUGCAGUGAUAACUGGAACCAAUAGUAAUCUGGGUCUAAAUAUUGCACAUCGGCUGGUGGAACAGAUAGAUGAUAACAGCAGGUUGACAAUAGUCGUUACGUCAAGGACGCUACCCAGAGUCAAAGAAGUUGUGGGCCAAAUUCUUGAACAUGCUGGAAAAUUCGGAAAGGCCGAUAAGAUUGAUUUUGACUAUUUGCUUGUUGAUUUUACGGAUAUGGUGAGCACACUGGGAGCUUAUUACGAGCUCAAUAAAAGAUACAAGGAAAUCCACUAUUUUUUUGUGAAUGCAGCGCAAGGCGUGUAUGACGGUAUUGACUGGCUAGGUGCCAUUAAGGAGGUUUUCACUAGCCCCAUCGAAGCCGUUACAAACCCCAGUUACAAGAUUCAAAGAGUUGGCGUGAAAUCUAAAGAUGGUCUUGGUCUCGUUUUUCAGGCAAACGUGUUUGGUCCGUAUUACCUCAUACAAAAGAUUUUGCCUCAACUUUCAGCGGGUAGGGCUGUUGUCGUUUGGAUUUCAAGUAUAAUGUCAGAUCCAAAGUAUCUUUCUCUCAACGAUAUGCAGCUUUUAGAGACGAGUGCAUCCUAUGAGGGUUCUAAGAGAUUGGUAGAUUUGGUGCAGCUUGCAACAUACAAGGAAAUGAAGAAAAGGGGUAUCAACCAAUAUGUCGUUCAUCCUGGAAUCUUCAUCAGCCACUCCUUUUUCAAGUAUCUCAACUUUUUCACUUACUACGGUAUGCUGUUUCUUUUCUACCUGGCAAGAUACUUAGGAUCUCCUUGGCACAACAUUGAUGGAUAUCGGGCUGCUAACGCGCCUGUUUAUGUGGCAACGUUGGCAAAUUCUAACUUUGAGAAUCAAGAAGUCAAGUUUGGUUCGGCAACAUAUAAGGAAGGAUUAGAAUAUAUCAAAACGACUCCGAUUGAUCCCACGGGUGUGAAUGACGUUCACAAGUACUUUCAGGAAUUGGAGCAGGAGUGGGACAAGAAACUCGAGAAUCAAAUUACUAAUUCCCGCCAGGUUGACUGA